CCGUGAUCCUUCUGCUUAGUUCUGCAAAUACGCGUAUAAAUAUCCAUAAGCAGUUAAUCCUGGUCAUGUGCUGUCGUGUAGCUCCCCAUGUUACAGCACGCGUCAGCUACAACCACUUCAAAUGUUGGCGUUCCAACCUGCAUCGUCGUAAUCCUCCAGACCUCUCCAUGCUCAUUCACCAUAGAAAUCAGUUUGUACGCACUACACUGAAUAUAGCAUCUCCUCUGCAAACGUCAUUAUCAUCGAUGUCGCUCCGUCGCUCAGCUCGCAACCUUGCCAAACAGGCAUCUCCAGAAACGGAACCUCAAACCUCGGCGAACGUCAAGAAUACUAAGAAAGUGACUCAACCAGCAAAAUCAAUCAAGAAAGCGAAAACAGGUCCAGUGCCGGCUACAUCUCCAACGGCGACUCAGACGAAGUCCACAAACCCAACCUUUGCAGCUCCCAGUUUGCCUGCAACCCCACUCCCUAAGAAGCGAAAGGCCGUCUCUGAGUCUCCUGCUAAGCCUCCGCCAUUUACGCCAACGCCUUCGGGAGUAGGACUGAUCACAUCUGUUCCCAAAAGAGCUGAGAAUGAUCACCCUCUCGAGUCGCUCGCAGGUUUGAAGCCCCGCCCUACUGAACCACACGCGACCAAUGCCACUUUGUCCACGCCAGGCGGAUCCCGUGUCUCAGCUUAUACUUCAUCCCCGCUCAAACCCCCGACGGCUUCCCAAGGCGAAGGGAAUGAUGAUGCGUCCCCGACGAAGAAACGCAAAGCCAAAGAAGCUGUACCACCUGAUGUGGGAGUCAUGAGACCUCCCACUUCAACGGUGGAUACCUUGCUGAAAGACGCAGAGGAUUUUCUUUGUCAGGUAGACCCUAAGUUGAAAGGUCUCGUAGAGAAGCAUCAUUGCAAAGUGUUUAGCCCAGAGGGGCUGCGCGAGGUAGUGGAUCCUUUCACGGCCCUGAGUAGUGGAAUCAUAGGACAGCAGGUCUCUGGUCAAGCCGCAGCAUCCAUUCGUAAGAAGUUUACAGCGUUAUUCCCGGACUCCCAUCCUUCAUUCCCAACCCCAGCGCAGGUUCUCACCCUCGAUCUCCCCACACUACGAACUGCUGGUCUUUCUCAGCGUAAGGCAGAGUAUAUCAACGGCCUAGCCGAAAAAUUCACGUCCGGCGAACUAACCGCCGAAAUGCUAAUCUCCGCCAGCGACGAAGAGCUCAUCGAGAAACUCGUCGCGGUCCGCGGUCUCGGACGCUGGAGCGUGGAGAUGUUUGCAUGUUUUGGCUUGAAGAGAAUGGAUGUGUUUAGUACGGGGGAUUUGGGAGUGCAACGCGGGAUGGCGACGUACAUGGGCCGCGAUACUUCCAAACUCAAAGCUAAAGGCGGGAAAUGGAAGUACAUGAGCGAGCAGGAGAUGCUGUCAAUAGCAUCCAAAUUUUCGCCUUACAGAUCUUUGUUCAUGUGGUACAUGUGGCGUAUUGAAGAUGUAGACAUCAGUGUGUUGCAGAGUGGGUAG